AUGCGAUACAUGAGAGAAAAGGCCAAAUGGAGACGAUCCCCUGAUGUCUCACAUUCAUCCAGGACAUCCAGGCGGAAUCGCCAGAAGACUAAGAGCAGAGACUGCCACCUGGAGAAGAAAGAGCUGCGGGUCCGUGACCUCGAUCUUGGAUAUGACUCCGAUGAGAUAGUACUCUCUAAGUAUUGCAUUGGCACCUGUCACAGCUUCUACAAGAAUUAUGACCUGGCUCUUAAGGCUCUGAUGGAUAAAGGCAGCAUCUCCACUAAGAAUGUCAGCAGCUUCCCCUGCUGUCGGCCUACACGCUAUGAGACCAUGUCCUUCAUGGACGCACAGAAUAUCUGGCAGACAAUUAAGUGGCUGUCUGCAGCAAACUGCAGCUGUAUCAGCUGA